AGGGAAAUUAAAUUUGAGAACUCUAUCUUCUAAAACUACAAUGGCAAGCUGUUUCAGUACACUUCUUCAACAUUCCGGCGACUUUCAUGACAAAAAGGUCUGCCUCAAUAAAAGCUCUUGCUUAUAAACAAUGAGUAGACUUAAACACUUCUCAGUGCCUCAGUUGUAAUGCUUGGACCUUUGUUGUACCAUCAAUGAAGUAGGGAAUUUAUUCAAGCUUGUUUAAGGGUGGAAAAAAAUUAAUCUUUGAGUUUCUAGCGCCAGUCUUUACUACUAGCAAUGCCGGUGUGUUCGGACAAAAAAUGACUAAACUCAGCAUGACCUUUUAAAAAUGACUGAACUCAGCAUGACCUUUUAACAUGCCAUUUUUCAUUUUACACCACCAAUUUACUUUAAUUAAUAUUAAUGAAAAUAAGUGCUCCAACCCCGAGUAAUUGUGUUUGUUGUUUUGUGAACAGAAUAGGAUGAUACGGAGUGAACGAGUAACCAAUGGAUCCACACUCUAUAAUUGGUAGUGUACAUUAAAUAGCACAUGUAUAGAUUUACAAUUAUAAGUCUGUAUAUUAUUAUUACUAUUAUUAUACUAUUAUUAGUCCUAAACAUUAAGAACUGAAGCCAUUUCAAAAACAUAUGAGAUAUCUUCAUGAUACCAUAACGAUUAUUUUGUCAUAACAGUCCAUUGUUAUUUCUUCUUGGAUGUGAAUUUAUGGGCCAGGGCAUUUCAAGAUUGAUACUUGAUUCAAGGAUCGGACUGGAUGAAACCUACACACAUUCAUAGUACUGUGCACAUUCACAAAUGUGAACUGGUGAAGUGCCAAAAAUAUGACAAUCUAACCAGACAUGGCAAGCGAACACAUUAUACACAAAUAUACUGUUAUAAUAAUGUGUACAUUGUUAUUAUAUAAUGUUAAUACACAAUGUAAUUAAUACACACAUGUUGGAAUUUACUCUCCUACCCUACAAAACAUAUAUUCUGACCUUUUAAUUGCAUUAAUAUUUUGUUUUGGGCCUGAGAUAUGGGCAGAUCUCCAUUUGGCGGCCAUUUUGGACGCCAUCUUGAAUUUCUCAGAGAGCACAAGGGGGAUUUCCGGGGACUUUUAGUAUGUUAUUCCUAAAGGUAUUCUGAACAUAUUCUGAAAUUUUCAGCUUGUUACUAAUUUGUUCUGGGUAUAACCCUAUUACUCCUGGGCUAUUAGUAGUAGCAAUACAAACAAUUAUUCAUGGAUUAUAGAUAAUUAAUGAUUAUUUUUGAAUAAUGAACAUUGAUAUAACAAUUGCACUGAUGAUAAUUAGUUUACAGUUAUUACAACACAUUGAUUAAUAUUGAUAAUAAUGGUUAUGAGGCGGCACGGUGGUGUAGUGGUUAGCGCUGUCGCCUCAUAGCAAGAAGGUCCGGGUUCGAGCCCCAUGGCCGGCGAGGGCCUUUCUGUGCGGAGUUUGCAUGUUCUCCCCGUGUCCACGUGGGUUUCCUCCAGGUGCUCCGGUUUCCCCCACAGUCCAAAGACAUGCAGGUUAGGUUAACUGGUGACUCUAAAUUGACCGUAGGUGUGAAUGGUUGUCUGUAUCUAUGUGUCAGCCCUGUGAUGACCUGGCAACUUGUCCAGGGUGUACCCUGCCUCUUGCCCGUAGUCAGCUGGGAUAGGCUCCAGCUUGCCUGCGACCCUGUAGAACAGGAUAAAGCGGCUAGAGAUAAUGAGAUGAGAUGAGAUAAUGGUUAUGAAAGGUGACAGUUGUUUUUCUGUGUUUAAUGUAACGCUCUGAUGAUUGUAUGACUGCAUAAACAGGUUUAUGCUGUUACCUGCUAUUAGGGCUGCACAAUUAAUCGAAUUUAAUCAAAAAUCACGAUUUUGGCUGCCACGAUUAAAUUAAAUGAAAAUCGCGAUUUAUUUCCAUUUAAAAUGCAAGCUCUGCUGCAUAUCUGAUCAAGCACUUUUUGACCAGUACUCCACCAAACCAUUAGGGGGCGAACCGACGCAUGUAAGGUUUCAUUACUCCGCCUAAAUAAGCAAGCAAGCCAAGUGCGCAGAGCUUCAGUGCAGCGGUAUCUUCUUCAAGGGGUGAUAACGUGAGAGUAAGUAACAGAUUGAGGUGAGAGAGAAAAGCCAACUAUGUCGGAACAACAGUGUCAAUCUGUGUCUGAAGAAGCGGGGGGAGGUGAGGAGGAGUUUGUCCCUCGAAAGGGCCCAAGUUCUGUUAUUUGGACGUAUUUUGGAUUCAGGGCGAGUGAUGUCCAACAAAAGCAGGCGAUGUGCAGAGAGUGUCAAAGAGUUGUGUCUGCCCCGCAGGGUAACACACCAAAUCUGUUUAAUCACUUAAAGCACCACGUAGAAAAAUAUAAUGAGUGCAUGAAAGCCAAAGCCAGCGUCGUUGGCACUGCACAAAAUCCCUGUCCCGCAGCCCCAACCCAGACAACCAUCCAAGCAACACUACACCGUGCAACACGAUAUUUACCCACAUCACACAGACACCAGGAAAUAACAGAUGCAAUCGCGUUUUAUUUAGCCAAAGCCAUGGCCCCAAUAAACACCGUGAAUAAUGACGCCUUCAAAAAAAUGGUGAAAACGCUGGACAAAAGAUAGAGAUGCCGUCAAGAAAUUAUUUCUCGAAAGUGGCAUUACCUGCACUGUACAAUCAAUGUCGGGGAAAAAUUGAGAGAGUUAUCAGCGGUCCCGUUUUAUGCUACCACGACCGACCUGUGGUCAAGCAGGACCAUGGAGCCGUACUUGUCCCUGACAGUGCAUUACAUUGAUGAGGAUUUCCAAAUUAAAAACCGGUGCUUGCAGACAUAAUUUUUCCCGCAAGACCACACGGGAGAAGCCAUAGCCCAGGGAUUGAAAGAGGCACUGGCUUCUUGGAGUUUGCAAGAGGAGAGACUUGUCUGCAUCACAACAGACAGUGGGGCCAACAUCGUCAAGGCAGCAUCUCUGAAUCAGUAGACAAGGCUUCAGUGUUUUGGCCACAGGCUCCAUCUGGCCAUUGGUGAGUAGUUAAAAAAAUGCAUACAUAAUUGAGAUGUAAUCUGAAAAUAUUAAUAUUCAAUAUAUCUAUAUAAUUUUAUCUCAAAAUUAUUAUUGCUGUGUUAUCUUCAAAUACCUGUAUGCUGUUAUGUAGUGUGUAAGUAAUUAAAUGGUAGAAUUAACUAUCUAGAAACACGCAAACACGCACACCUUCUUUUCAAGUUCAUUUGUCCUCAUCUCGCAGUGUAUCAGCAGAGAUCAGCCAUGUAAUGUAAUGUCUCAGGUCAAGUUUGUAAUUUGUGGAGCGCCAUCUACAGACGCACUGAACUUAGGAACACAACAUCCACACCAGAGGGAAACUUAUUGAACAUUUACAUGCGUUCUCUCAGUGUGCCUUAAAAGAAGCAUACAAGCAAACACAGGUGUUCAUCCCCCUUAAAAGCAUAUGUAUUCCAUCUCUUUUUGUGUUUAUGUAUGUUUUUGUUGCCCUCUUUUGUAGCAGUAAAAACAGACAGAACAGUGAAAAAACAGAAGUAACGUGUAUUUUAGCUCACUACAUGUUCCUAGUGCACAACGGGCAAUGAUAUUAAUAUUGACAAGUUAAAAAAAAAACAAAAAAAUAAGGGACUUGAAUACAACAUCUUAAAAUAACACGUGAAUAUGCAUAUACUUUUGUUGUGGUUUGAUUCAACAUGAGUUUCAUGUUCUUUUACAGAGAAUGCUAUGAGAGAUCCACGAAUUGACCGUGCAGUGGGGAUCUGCAAGAAACUCGUCAGCAGUUUCUCUUACAGCUGGAGGCACAAAAGGGAGCUAGCACAGGCUCAAAAAGAGCUGAAGCUUCCAGAGCAUGGGCUGAAGACAAUGCCCCACAAGGUGGGGAUCAAGACAGUCAAUGAUUUCAAGAGUCCUGGAGCAGCAUAGGGCCAUUUCUCGUCUUGGCGUCUGACCAAAAAGCAAGACAUCUCAUCCCAACGUGGCAGGACACUGACAUCCUGGAAGCCAUCAACAAAGCCCUCCAACCUCUGACUGAAUUCACAGAUGCACUGUCCAGUGAGAAGUAUGUUAGUAUUUCCUUUGUGAAGCCAGUCCUCCACCUGUUCAGCUCCUCCAUCCUCAAGGCAAGUGAUGAUGCUCCAGACCUGACCAACACCAUCAAAACCAAAAUCCUCACCUACUUGGAGGAAAAAUACCAGGAUCCUGAGAUACAAGAACUGCUUGAUAUGGCAUCUGCUCUCGACCCACGCUUUAAGAUGAGAUAUGUAAAUGAGGACAGGGUUGCACCAAUCCAGGCCAGACUCGUAUCUGAGAUGGUUGCAUCUGCACGAAUGGAGAUGGACCGAACUGAUCCGUGUAGAGAGACUACAGACAACACAGAGGAUGCACCAAGUACAUCUAAGAAAAAGAAGACUUUGGGGAGCUUCUUCAAAGACACUGGGGCAAACUCAACAAGAUCCUCUCUUCUCCAGGAGCAGCAGACCGUGGCCUCUGAGCUUCAUUCAUACCUUCAGUGUGCCAGCCUGGACAGUGAAGGGGACCCACUGGACUGGUGGAAAGGCCAUCAGCAACUGUACCCAUGGAUUUCCCAGCUUGCGAAGAAAUACUUAUGUAUUCCAGCAACAAGUUCUCCAUCUGAGAGGCAGGAUGCCGAGGAAGGGAAGGGGGUCUGAGGCAGCGAGGCGCCGAUGGAGGAAGCGCAACCUGGAGGAGCCGACGCCAGUCACUUCCCCCCUGAAGCUGUGUGAGGACAUGAAAACAGAGACAUCCAUGGAUGGAGAGACCUCAGAAGCCUGUGUGAAGAAAGAGGAGACGCUGGAGCUGAAUAUCUACAGCUAUGGAGACGAUCUUGACAACCCACCUGAAGGUCUUUCCGUUAAAGUGGAAGAUCCUGACGAUAAAGACUAUCUCUACUGUGAAGUUUGCAAAUCCUUCUUCCUCAACAAAUGCGAGGUUCAUGGACCACCCCUCUUCAUCCCCGAUACUCCUGUUCCCAUGGGAGUCCCUGACCGAGCCAGACAAACACUUCCUCCUGGGCUAGAAAUCCAGAAGUCCAGUAUUCCUGAUGCAGGCCUGGGAGUGUUUAAUAAGGGGGAGACUGUUCCAGUAGGUGCACACUUCGGACCCUGCCAGGGAGAGCUGGUGAACCGAGAGGAAGCCAAGAACAGUGGAGACUCCUCACUUGCAUACAGGAGCAUGCAGUGUGAAGAAUACAUCGAUGCCAAAAGAGAGACGCAUGUGAAUUGGAUGAGGUAUGUGAAUUGUGCUCGGAAUGAAGAAGAACAGAAUCUUGUGGCAUUUGAGUAUCAAGGGGGAAUUCUGUAUCGUUGCUGUCGAUCCAUUAACCCAGGACAGGAGCUCUUGGUGUGGCAUGAAGAGGAGUACACCAAAGAACUCAGUCCUGCACCUACAGGAACAACCAGACAGCAAGAAGUAAAGAACACUUUGCUGCAAGUCUUUUCCUGCUCCACAUGUCCUCGUUCCUGUGCAUCUCAAAUUUACCUUGACCAGUGCAUCCAGAGAUGCCACGAUGAAGAGUCUGUGAGACUUCAGGAAUCAAGAGAGAUUAAAUAUGAACUUCAAAUCCCCUCCAAAUACUCCAGUAGUCAGCCAACAUCAACUGAUACUUUCAGUUCUGACACUUCUCAUAAUGAUGUGGAGAAGGAAAUUCACCACAGCUCAGACUGUGGAAAAAGUUUUGGUCAUCAGAAUGCACUCAAAUGGAACCAGUGCAGUCACAAAGGAGUAAAGCCACAUGACUGCUCACAGUGUGGGAAGAGUUUUACUGAACAGAGUGCUCUCCAAACACACCAGCGCAUUCACACAGGAAAGAAGCCUUAUCACUGCUCACAGUGUGGGAAGAGUUUUACUCGUCAGAGUCAUCUCCAUCAACAUCAGCGCAUUCACACAGGAGAGAAGCCGUAUCACUGCUCACAGUGUGGAAAGAGUUUUACUCAGCAGAGUAAUCUCCAACGACACCAGCACAUUCACACAGGAGAGAAGCCGUAUCACUGCUCACAGUGUGGGAAGAGUUUUACUCGUCAGAGUGCUCUCCAAAAACACCAGCGCAUUCACACAGGAGAGAAGCCAUAUCACUGCUCACAGUGUGGAAAGAGUUUUACUCAGCAGAGUAAUCUCCAACGACACCAGCACAUUCACACAGGAGAGAAGCCGUAUCACUGCUCACAGUGUGGAAAGAGUUUUACUUGUCAGAGUGAUCUCCAAAAACACCAGCGCAUUCACACAGGAGAGAAGCCGUAUCACUGCUCACAGUGUGGGAAGAGUUUUACUCGUCAGAGUGUUCUCCAAAAACACCAGCGCAUUCACACAGGAGAGAAGCCGUAUCACUGCUCACAGUGUGGGAAGAGUUUUACUCGUCAGAGUGUUCUCCAAAAACACCAGCGCAUUCACACAGGAGAGAAGCCGUAUCACUGCUCACAGUGUGGGAAGAGUUUUACUGAACAGGGUGCUCUCCAAACACACCAGCGCAUUCACACAGGAGAGAAGCCGUAUCACUGCUCACAGUGUGGGAAGAGUUUUACUCAGCAGAGUAAUCUCCAACGACACCAGCACAUUCACACAGGAGAGAAGCCGUUUCACUGCUCACAGUGUGGGAAGAGUUUUACUCAGCAGAGUGAUCUCCAACAACACCAGCGCAUUCACUCAGGAGAGAAACCGUAUCACUGCUCACAGUGUGGGAAGAGUUUUACUCAUCAGAGUGCUCUCCGACUACACCAGCGCAUUCACACAGGAGAGAAGCCGUUUCACUGCUCACAGUGUGGGAAGAGUUUUACUCGUCAGAGUGAUCUCCGAAAACACCAGCGCAUUCACACAGGAGAGAAGCCGUAUCACUGCUCACAGUGUGGGAAGAGUUUUACUCGUCAGAGUGAUCUCCGAAAACACCAGCGCAUUCACACAGGAGAGAAGCCGUAUUACUGCUCACAGUGUGGGAAGAGUUUUACUGAACAGGGUGCUCUCCAAACACACCAGCGCAUUCACACAGGAGAGAAGCCGUAUCACUGCUCACAGUGUGGGAAGAGUUUUACUCAGCAGAGUAAUCUCCAACAACACCAGCGCAUUCACACAGGAGAGAAACCGUAUCACUGCUCACAGUGUGGGAAGAGUUUUACUCAUCAGAGUGCUCUCCAAACACACCAGCGCAUUCACACAGGAGAGAAGCCGUAUCACUGCUCACAGUGUGGGAAGAGUUUUACUCAUCAAAGUGCUCUCCAAACACACCAGCGCAUUCACACAGGAGAGAAGCCUUAUCACUGCUCACAGUGUGGGAAGAGUUUUACUCGUCAGAGUCAUCUCCAGCAACACCAGCGCAUUCACACAGGAGAGAAGCCGUAUCACUGCUCACAGUGUGGGAAGAGUUUUACUUAUUCAGUUACAUUUAAAACCCACAAGUGCAAUAAUUCCGAGACAUUGCAUGAUUUAAAGUUGUCAAAUUAAAUUUUUUUUAUUCAUGCUUUUGCUGAAAAUGUCCUGUACUUUGAUCCUAA